ACCGUCAUUUCAUUCUCUCCACCACCUCCAUUGUUCAUUGUACCUUCGCUUAGAAAACUUGUACCUAAGAAACAAAAACGGCCUCUUUUCUUUCAACAACAAAAACACCUCUCCCUAUAUAUAUGUAUCUCAAUCUAUCCUUUCUUUUCUCUCCUCUUCUGCAGCUAAAAAGAAAAAAGAAAAAAAAAAUUAAAAAGAAUAAAAAUCGAUUCAAAUUCCAAGCCCUAACAAUUCAAACGCCAAUCUUUUCACAUGUCUAUUCACUGUCUCCCACCGCCGCUUCCGCCGUCCGUCCAGGUCCGAUCCGUAUGGGCAGAUAAUAUCGAGUCCGAAUUUUCUCUGAUCCGAUCAAUAAUCGAUAGAUACCCGUUGAUCUCCAUGGACACCGAGUUCCCAGGUAUCGUAGUUCGACCCGAUGCUGAAGAUCCGUAUAACCGGUACCGUGACCCGAAAUCUCACUACAUGAAUCUAAAAGCUAAUGUUGAUAUGUUAAAUUUGAUUCAAGUAGGGCUCACGCUAGCUAAUGAAGAAGGUAAUCUACCAGAUCUUGGCACCAAUAAUAAAUAUGGUUUUAUUUGGGAAUUUAAUUUCUGUGAUUUUGACGUGACGCGUGAUGCACACGCGCACGAUUCUGUUGAAAUGUUAAGAAGCCAAGGGAUUGAUUUUGAAAGGAACAGAGAGUUUGGCAUUGAUUCCGUAAAAUUCGCUGAACUGAUGAUGACAUCGGGGCUCGUUUUGAAUGACUCGGUCAGUUGGGUAUCAUUUCACGGCGCUUAUGAUUUCGGUUACUUAAUCAAAUGUUUGACGCAGAGAGUACUGCCGGUGGAGUUAACGGAGUUCCUAAAAUUAGUUAGGGUUUAUUUUGGAAGUGGUGCUGUUUAUGAUGUGAAAUAUAUGAUUAGGUUUUGUGACUUACAUGGUGGGUUGGAUCGGGUCGGGAAGGCAUUGGGUGUGCAUCGGGUUGUUGGGAAGAAGCAUCAAGCCGGGUCGGAUAGUUUGUUGACAUUACAUGCGUUUCAAAUGUUAAAAGAGAAGCAUUUUAAGGAUAAAGAUGAGGGAAAAUUAGAUAAGUACGCUAAUAUUUUGUAUGGUUUAGAAGUUUUUACAUCAUUAUUUUAAUUGUAGAUUUUCUUCGUUCUGUCUUUGGAAGUGGGUUUAUCGUUGUACACAUCAUUUCGGGUUUUAACAAAAUAUUAAUACUAGCUAUUAGUUUUUAA